UCCCUGCUAACCUUUAGGCUGCAUUCAUAGUGGAGACGGAUCCGAUUUUUACAUCCGUUCCGUCAAAAGUCAAUCUCAUUAAAAAUGAUAUAUAUGUUCAUAGUGCGUCCGUUCCGAUACCUUCCGUCUUAAAAACGGAUCCGGCAAAUUUUGAAGUCAAAACAUUUUGACUUUUUGAUCCGGCAAAUCUUAUAGAGCGUUAUAACGUUACUUACAAUUUUUUUAUAGUCUAUGAACAUUUAUAUCAUUUUUAAUGAGUUUGACUUUUGACGGAACGGAUGUAAAAACGGAUCCGUCUCCACUAUGAAUGCAGCCUUACAAAAAUUAUAUUAAACACAGAAAAAUUUAUGUUUUAAAUAUUCGCUGCACCGCCAAAUUCCAAAAAUAAACCUAUGUCAAAAUCCAUUUUACAAAACAGUCAGCAUAUCAGAUUCAAUCCAUUAAAAGAAGAAUGGAUUUUGAUAUGUCCUCAAAGAAUAAAACGUCCUUGGAUGGGUAAAACUGAAAAGGAGCAGGAAAAUAGAAAUGUAACUGCAAAUUUGACCAAUCCUUUAUUACCAGGAGCAAUUCGUGCAAAUUCUCAAGUCAAUGAACACUAUACAUCAACCUAUAUCUUUAACAAUGACUUUCCUGCAAUGUUACCAUUUGAUACGUUAGAAAUUAGUGAUGGUGGAGAAUCGAAAGAUGAUUUGUUUGAUUGGGAGAGGGCCUACGGUGAAUGUAAAGUAAUGUGUUUUUCCCCCAAUCCUGAAAUGACUUUAGCAUUAAUGGACUUAAAUUCUAUUGAAAAUAUCAUCAUAAAAUGGAUCGAUUUUACAAAAGAGAUGAGCCCAAAAUAUACAUGGAUUCAGAUUUUUGAAAACAAAGGAGAAAUUAUGGGUUGUUCUAAUCCUCAUCCACAUUGCCAAAUAUGGGCAAGUUCCUUUUUACCAAAUGAGCCUCGAAUAAAAGAUCGAUCUCAGAGAGUUUAUUUCCAGAAGCAUAAAACUCCAUUAUUACUUGAUUACUGUCAUCGAGAAAACGUUAAUAAGGAAAGACUGAUAGAAACAAAUGACUCCUGGAUAAUAGUCAUUCCAUUUUGGGCCAAUUGGCCCUUUGAGACAAUGGUUUUGCCAAAACGCCAUAUUUUAAGAUUUUCAGACAUGGACGGUAAAGAAAUAAAAGAUUUGGCUGAUAUCAUGAAAAAAUUAUUAAUUCGUUAUGACAAUCUUUUUCAAUGUUCAUUUCCAUAUUCAAUGGGUUGGCACGGAGCCCCAACCGGUUCUAAAUAUUUGAACGAAAAUGUUGAUCACUGGCUUUUCCAUGGCAUGUAUUAUCCACCGUUAUUGCGUUCGGCGAAUAUUAAAAAAUUUAUGGUUGGUUAUGAAUUGUUAGCUCAGGUACAACGCGAUUUAACACCAGAAAAGGCUGCUGAAAUACUGAGAUUGCAACCAAAUGAAAUCCAUUACUCCAAAAGAAAUGCAUAAGAACCACAUUUUAUUUUUUAUAAAUUUGUCAACAAAAAAAUAAAUCAAAAUAAAGAUAUUAUUUCCA